AUAAGUCAAUGUGUUGAAAUCUCAUGUUCUGCCUCUGUCAAAGAUCUUGAUAAAUCCAUAUAAGGUAUUAGUUAAUAAAAGUCCACAUCAGUCUAAAUUCAUUACACAGUUUUUGUUUUUUGACAUAAAAAAUGGAGGCUUUAAUCCAACAAAAAGUAUUGGAAGUAGCAAAUCAGGUGGAAAAGCAAUUAGAUGCUGAAUUAGAACAGCUAGAAAGACUUGAUAGUGAUGAUCUGGAAAAAUUGAGAGAAAAAAGGUUAAAAGAGCUGAAGCAAAUUCAUCAUCAAAAACAAACGUGGAUUGCUGCAGGUCAUGGAGAGUACAAUGAAAUCUACAACGAAAAGGAAUUUUUUGAAGUAUCAAAAAAAUCACAGAAUAUUGUAUGUUUGUUUUACAAAGAUGAUUCACCUAGAUGUAAAAUAGUAGAUGAACACUUCAAAGGAUUGGCUAAAAAACAUGUGGAAGCACGUUUUUGUAAACUAAAUGUUGAACGGGCUCCAUUCUUGACAGAACGGUUGAAAAUCAGGGUUAUUCCAACAAUAGCUAUUGUCAAAGAUAGUAAAACUGUAGAUUUUAUUGUCGGUUUUACUGACUUAGGAAACUGCGAUGAUUUUUCAACAGAAAUGCUAGAGUGGCGCAUCGCUCAUUCCGGCGCAAUUUCCUACACUGGAGAUUUAUUACAUCCUCCCGAAAAAGGAGCUAAGAAAAAAAUAACACACUUGAAAAAACCUAAAACCAUCCGAAGUAAAUAUGACUCCGAUGAUAGUGAUGCUGAUGAAAUUUAAAUCUAGAAUCUUCAUUUGAAAUUUAGUAACUUUUUCUUUUUCCAAAUUUUUAUAUUAUUCAUAUUUUCAAAUUUCAUCGAACCAUGAUUAGAAAUAUAUAUUUUUUCAAUAAUUAAAGCACUUAGUCUUAAAAAAUUUUAGGUAUUAAAAUUUUUGUAUAACAACUCUAAGAAGCUUGCAAUAUUUGAGUUUUUAAUGCCAGAAAUUUUUAUAUUUAAUAACUAUACCUAACAUGCACUGAAAAUGUAUUCUAGCUUGCUAAGAUUUAUAGAUAUCCAUUUUUCACUAACAUUGUGAUUUUUUAUACUUUUGUAUUUUUAUUAUCACACAAUGAACAGAUCACAAUCGUAUGCUCGGAAGAGACAAAUCAAAAGCUGUCAUUUUUCUUUUUUAAUUAAACUUCAAUCAAAAUGAUGGAGAAAAAACAAUUAAAAAUUUUUUUCUCAUUAAU